ACACGAUUUGGAAAACUUCAUCCGCGGUUGCAUCUUUCUUUCCGCAUUGUUGAGUCUCGCCUAGGGUUUCUGCUGCUGUCUCAACUCCGUCCGCCAUGGUCAUGCGAGACUGGGUUUAGAUGGUUAGGCCAAGAGAACGAAGAAGGUUGGUAUUGUCGGCAAGUAUGGAACCCGUUAUGGUGCUAGUCUGAGGAAACAAAUCAAGAAGAUGGAAGUUAGCCAGCACAGAAAGUACUUCUGUGAGUUCUGUGGCAAGGAUGCUGUGAAGAGAAAGGCAGUCGGAAUCUGGGGGUGCAAGGACUGUGGCAAGGUCAAAGCAGGGGGUGCUUACACCAUGAAUACUGCCAGUGCUGUGACUGUGAGGAGUACCAUCCGCAGAUUGAGGGAGCAGACAGAGAGUUAGAUGUGAUGAAUCUAUUAUGUUCAAGAUUUUGAUGUUUCGUUAGCUGACAACAAUGUCUGCUCGUUUCAUUUCGGGUUGAUUUACUUUCCGAACGCUGUAGGAUGUAAUGAAUGAAGCAGAGAUUCUGAUACCGAUGAAAACUGUCAGCAGAGUUUCAAUGCUAGACUUGUCUGCUGUUGCCUUCCAUUUGUGAUGUUUGUAAGUUUAGUUGGUCUUAUCAGUGCGGUUGAUCUUCCUUCUGCUAGUAUUAGCUUACUAGGUUAGACAGAAAUAUGGUGACCCUUGAGCUAGAGUUGUUUCGAUAGGAAUAAAAUUAGAGGUAAAGUGGAGUAUAUAAAGUGUAAUUUUCUACAGAAAUAUGGUGGCCCUUUCCAGCCAUACAUCCUCGUUUUGAUGAAAGACAUAUUGGUCAUCUUCUCCCAAAUAUUUUAAGCAAGGAUUGUAAAAUCGUGUCGAUAGGAAUGACAAUCUUGGCUCGGUCCGAUGG